AUGGAAGCCUUUGUCUCUAUUGAACUCGUGGGUAGAGGCACCACGGGCGUGGCGCACCGCGUUCGCCGCCGCAGCGACGGCAGGAUCCUGGUGGUCAAGCGGAUCCCGCUUUCCGGCCUCGAUGAAACCAAGCGCGCCACGAUGCAAAGCGAGGCUUCGUGCCUGCAGCGGAUCCGCCACCCCUCAGUCGUGGGCUUUGUCGAUUCCUUCAUCCACGACAAUGUGCUUCACCUGGUGAUGGAGGACGCCGGGAGGGACUUUGGCAUGUGGCUCAAGGCCCGCGCCGCCGCCGGCUGCCCGCCGACCGACGAGGAGUUCAUCUGGAGAGCCGUCAUCCAGGUCGCCUCUGGGCUGAGUGCGAUGCACGGGGCGCGGGUGCUGCACCGCGACAUCAAGCCGGACAAUAUCUUCACGGACGAGCGCGGCGUCGUCAAGAUCGGCGACCUCGGGCUCGGCCGGAUCAUGUCGGAGCAGUCGCACCAGGCGACCAGCAGCGUCGGCACGCCGCUCUACUUUUCGCCAGAGAUGUGCGAGGAGCGGCCCUACGGUCCAAAGUCGGACGUCUGGGCGCUGGGCUGCUUCCUGUACGAGCUGGCGACGGGCCGCCCGCCCUUCCUCGCCUCCAACCAGCUCGCGCUCGCGCGCAGGAUCCUGCACUCGCCUGUGCCGCCGCUGCCUGCGCGCUACUCGCCGGAGCUCGCCUUCCUCGCCGUCAAGCUGCUCGAGAAGGACGCGUCUCUCCGGCCGACGGCGCAGCAGAUCCUG